UGUCCAGUAUUCUCUCUUGCAAUUCUCUCUACUUGUCAUAAUUUUACCAUAUAUAUGUUUUCUUGGCCCUGUGCAGUUUGUGUUCUUCAAAAAAUGGCGGAACAAAUUCCAUUUAGCGUCGUGGAGAAUGUUUUGAGCAGUUUAGGAUCCUCAGUUGUUCAAAAAAUCGGGUCUAUGUAUGGCGUUCGAAGGGAGCUGACAAAGCUUGAGGAGACACUGGGCACCCUCAAAGCUGUUCUUCUGGAUGCUGAGGAUCACCUGGAGAAAAGCCAUGCAGUGAAAGAUUGGGUGAAGAGGCUCAAGGGCGUUGUGUAUGAUGUAGAUGACUUGUUGGAUGACUUUGCAACCUACCGGUUGCAGCGAGGAGGGCUCGUCAGGCAGGUGAGUCACUUCUUCUCGUCCUCAAAUCAGGUUGCAUUUCGUUUCCAAAUGAGUGGGAGAGUCGAUGAUAUCAAAGAAGCACUUGAUGAAAUAAAAAAAGAUAUCUUUCUGUUGAAUGCUAUUCCACGAAGCACAAUUCACCCACGGGCAAAGAAUAUUGGGAGAGAGACCCACUCAUCCCCACAUUCAUCUAAUCUUAAUCCAAGAAAUGCAGAAAAAGAAGGCCUAGUAAAAUUGUUGGUGUCGCCCGACAAAGAAAAUGUUUUCAUUGUUGCUAUAGUUGGCAUCGGGGGAUUGGGUAAGACCACUCUUGCUCAAUUGGUAUACGACGAUGAAAGAGUGCAAAAACAUUUUGAGUUUAAGAAAUGGGUUUGCGUUUCUGAUGAUUCUGGUGAGGGUUUUGGUGAAAGUGCGCUGCUAAAAAAGUUGUCAAAAUCUAAAACUGAUGAGGGUGAUAAAAGUUCACAGAGCCUAUCAUUGGAUGAUUUGAAAAAUGAGCUUCACAAACAAAUAAGUCAAAAGAAGUACUUGCUAGUACUAGAUGAUGUCUGGAACAAUGAAAAUGAAAAUUGGGAGAAAGUGAGAACUCUAUUGGAGGUUGGUGCUAAAGGGAGUAAAAUUGUAGUGACGACCCGGAACGCUGAGGUUUCAUUUAUGGGAAAUAAUACUGUUCAUAUUAAGUUAGAAGGUCUAGACAAAGAUGAGUCUUGGAAUUUAUUUUCAAACAUCACAUUUGGAGGACAGACGAAUACAGUGAAUCCUGAGAUCAUAAAAGUUGGAAAAGAAAUUGUAAACAUGUGUAAUGGAGUUCCACUCAUCAUCAACACUUUAGGGAGAACAUUAAUGCAGUUUAAAUCAGAUUUGUCCAAAUGGUUGUCUAUUCAAAAGAAUGAAAAUCUUUUAUCACUUCCACAUGGAAAUGACAAUGUUCUACAGGUGUUGAAACUAAGUUAUGAUAAUUUGCCAACACAUUUGAAACAAUGUUUUACAUAUUGUGCUUUAUUUCCAAAAGAUUAUGAAAUUGAGAAAAAGCUGUUGGUACAAUUAUGGAUCACACAAGGUUACAUCCAAUCUACAAAUGGGAAUGAGCAAUUAGAGGAUAUAGGAGAUCAAUAUUUCAAAGAAUUGUUGUCAAGGUCAUUGUUGGAAGAGGUUAAAAAAGAUGAUUUUAAUGAUACAUUAAGUUGUAAAAUGCAUGACCUUAUACAUGAUCUUGCACAGUCAAUUGUAGGAUCUGAGAUCCUUGUUUUAAGAAGUUAUGUAAAUAACAUUCCAGAAGAAGCUCGUCAUGUGUCAUUGUUUGAAGAGAUAAAUCCUAUGAUAAAGGCUCUAAAGGGAAAACCCCUAAGGACCUUUCUAAACCAUUGUGAAGAUUCUUAUGAAGAUAGUACAAUUGUAAAUUCAUUUUUUCCGAGUUUUAUGUGUUUACGUGCAUUGAGUUUAAGUCGUAUGGGUGUAGAGAAGGUGCCAAAGUGUUUAGGCAAAUUGAGUCAUUUAAGGUAUCUUGAUCUUUCCCGCAAUAGGUUUAAGGUACUUCCAAAUGCUAUUACAAGAUUAAAGAAUUUGCAAACACUAAAACUCAUAAGGUGUUCGAAUUUACAAAGAAUUCCAGACAACAUAGGAGAAUUGAUCAAUCUUAGACACUUGGAGAAUGAUAGCUGUUAUAACUUGGCUCAUAUGCCACAUGGAAUCGGCAAGUUGACUUUACUUCAAAGUCUACCAUCGUUUGUGGUUGGGAAUGAUAUAGGGCAGUCUAGGAAUCAAAAAAUUGGUGGCUUGAGUGAAUUGAAAGGCCUUAACCAAUUAAGAGGAGGGUUAUGCAUAAGUAAUCUUCAAAACGUGAGGGAUGUUGAACUGGUAUCCAGGGGAGAAAUUUUGAAAGGAAAACAAUAUCUUCAGUCCUUGAGAUUGGAAUGGAAACGGUGGGGCGAAGAUUGGGGGGAUGAGGGUGAUAAGUCAGUGAUGGAAGGCCUUCAACCACACCAACACCUAAAGGAUAUCUUUAUAGAAGGGUAUGGAGGUACGGAGUUUCCAAGUUGGAUGAUGAAUAGCCUGCUUCCUAACCUAAUUAAAAUUGAAAUUUCGGGAUGUUCAAGAUGCAAAAUUCUGCCACCCUUUUCUCAACUCCCUUCUCUCAAGUCUUUGAAGCUUCAUGAUAUGAAAGAAGUGGUGGAGUUAAAGGAGGGUUCAUUAACAACGCCACUCUUCCCAUCUCUUGAAUCGCUCGAACUCUCUGACAUGCCAAAGUUGAAGGAAUUGUGGAGGAUGGACUUACUAGCAGAGGAAGGUCCUUCAUUUUCUCAUCUUUCGAAGUUACAUAUUCAUAAAUGCUCUGGUUUGGCAUCACUGCAUUCUUCUCCUUCUCUUUCUCAAUUAAAUAUCACAGAUUGCCAUAACUUGGCAUCCUUGGAACUGCAUUCAUCUCCUUCUCUUUCUCAAUUAAUUAUCACAGAUUGCCAUAACUUGGCAUCCUUCGAACUGCAUUCAUCUCCUUCUCUUUCUCGAUUAGAUAUCACAGAUUGCCAUAACUUGGCAUCCUUGGAACUGCAUUCAUAUCCUUCUCUUUCUCAAUUAGAGAUCACACUUUGCCAUAACUUGGCAUCCUUGGAACUGCAUUCAUCUCCUUGUCUUUCUCAAUUAAGGAUCAAUGAUUGCCCAAACUUGACAUCCAUGGAACUGCCGUCAUCUCUUUGUCUUUCUGAAUUAUAUAUCAGAAAAUGCCCUAACUUGGCAUCCUUCAAAGUGGCUCCAUUACCUUCUCUUGAGACACUAUCUCUGCUCACAGUUAGAUAUGGUGUGAUAUGGCAGAUAAUGUCUGUCUCUGCUUCUUCUUCUUCUUCGUUGAAGUCUCUGUAUAUUGAAAGCAUAGAUGAUAUGAUAUCUCUCCCGAAGGAGCUACUUCAACAUGUUUCUGGCUUGGUAACGUUACAGAUCUAUGAGUGUCCUAACUUGCAAUCCUUGGAACUGCCAUCAUCCCAUUGUCUUUCUAAAUUAAAGAUCAUAAAAUGCCCUAACUUGGCAUCCUUCAAUGUGGCUUCAUUACCUCGUCUUGAGGAACUAAGCCUGGGUGGAGUCAGAGCAGAGGUACUGAGGCAGUUAAUGUUUGUCUCUGCUUCUUCUUCAUUGAAGUCUCUGCAAAUAUGGGAGAUUGAUGGUAUGAUAUCUCUCCCAGAAGAGCCGCUUCAACAUGUUUCUGGCUUGGUAACGUUACAGAUCCGUGAGUGUCCUAACUUGCAAUCCUUGGAACUGCCCUCAUCCCAUUGUCUUUCUAAAUUAAAGAUCGUAAAAUGCCCUAACUUGGCAUCCUUCAAUGUGGCUUCAUUACCUCGUCUUGAGGAACUAAGCCUGCGUGGAGUCAGAGCAGAGGUACUGAGGCAGUUAAUGUUUGUCUCUGCUUCUUCUUCAUUGAAGUCUCUGCGUAUAUGUGAGAUUGAUGGUAUGAUAUCUCUCCCAGAGGAGCCGCUUCAAUAUGUUUCCACUCUCGAAACUCUCUACAUUGUUAAGUGCUCUGGUUUGGCAACAUUACUACACUGGAUGGGCAGCCUUUCCUCGCUUACGGAACUUAUUAUUGAUGACUGCUCUGAAUUGACAUCACUGCCAGAAGAGAUCUAUUCCCUAAAAAAACUGCAGAAACUUUAUUUCAGUCAUUAUCCACACCUACAGGAAAGAUACAACAAGGAAACAGGUAAAGACCGGGCCAAGAUUGCUCAUAUCCCACAUGUUCAUUUCAACAUUGGUUUCUAUAUGAGAUUGGAGCUUCUCGACAAUUUCUGAUGCUGUGCACUGAACUAAUCAUUUUACUUGGAGUUGUACAUUCUAAGAGUUUGGGGAAAUACUGAGGUCUGAGCUUGGAAUUCAUGGCUGCCCUGAAUUGACAUCAUUGCCAGAAGAUAUAUUCCCUCAAAAACCUGCAGACACCUAACAAUGUGCAUCUGUUCACACUCAAAAAGAAAGAUGCCGAAAGGAAAGGUGAAGACUAACCCAAGAUUGCUCAUAUCACACAAAUUGAUAUCAUACAUCCAUGAGGAUUGAAAUACAGAAUGCCUUUCAGGUGCUAUCGCAGCUUCAUCCCAUUGUCUUUCUAAAUUAAAGAUCAUAAAUUGCCCUAACUUGGCAUCCUUCAAUGUGGCUUCAUUACCUCGUCUUGAGGAACUAAGCCUGCGUGGAGUCAGAGCAGAGGUA